AUGACCGGAAAAGGAGAGGGACCGGCGAUUGGAAUCGACCUCGGCACCACUUAUUCUUGCGUCGGAGUGUGGCAGCACGACCGUGUUGAGAUCAUAGCCAACGAUCAGGGCAACCGAACAACGCCGUCUUAUGUGGCGUUCACUGACACCGAGCGUUUGAUCGGUGAUGCUGCAAAGAACCAGGUCGCCAUGAACCCUAUCAACACCGUCUUUGAUGCUAAGCGGUUGAUUGGAAGGAGAUUUAGCGACUCUUCUGUUCAGGGUGACAUGAAGCUAUGGCCUUUCAAGCUCACUGCUGGCCCUAGUGACAAGCCGAUGAUUACAGUAAGUUACAAAGCGGAGGACAAACAGUUUGCUGCGGAAGAGAUUUCAUCUAUGGUUCUUAUUAAGAUGAGGGAGAUUGCAGAGGCUUAUCUCGGCUCAUCAAUCAAGAAUGCAGUUGUGACUGUGCCUGCUUACUUCAAUGAUUCUCAGAGACAGGCUACAAAGGAUGCUGGUGUCAUUGCUGGCCUUAAUGUGAUGCGUAUUAUCAAUGAGCCUACAGCUGCUGCCAUUGCAUACGGUCUUGACAAGAAGGCAACUAGUGUGGGAGAGAAGAAUGUGUUGAUUUUCGAUCUUGGUGGAGGUACUUUUGAUGUCUCUCUACUUACCAUUGAAGAAGGUAUCUUUGAGGUGAAGUCUACUGCUGGAGAUACCCAUUUGGGUGGAGAGGAUUUUGAUAAUAGGAUGGUGAACCAUUUUGUUCAAGAGUUUAAGAGGAAGAACAAGAAGGACAUCAGUGGAAACCCAAGAGCUCUUAGGAGGUUGAGGACAUCUUGUGAAAGAGCAAAGAGGACUCUCUCAUCCACUGCACAGACUACAAUUGAGAUUGACUCCCUGUUUGAGGGUAUCGAUUUUUAUUCAACCAUUACGCGUGCUAGGUUUGAAGAGCUUAACAUGGAUUUGUUUAGGAAGUGUAUGGAACCAGUUGAGAAGUGUUUGAGGGAUGCGAAGAUGGACAAGAGCACAGUCCAUGAUGUUGUACUUGUGGGUGGUUCUACCAGGAUUCCUAAAGUACAGCAAUUGUUGCAAGACUUCUUCAACGGAAAGGAACUGUGCAAAAGCAUCAACCCAGACGAAGCUGUUGCUUAUGGAGCUGCUGUGCAGGCUGCUAUUCUUAGCGGUGAGGGUAAUGAGAAGGUGCAGGACCUAUUGCUUCUUGAUGUGACUCCUCUGUCCUUGGGUUUGGAAACAGCUGGAGGUGUGAUGACUGUGUUGAUUCCGAGGAAUACAACCAUUCCAACCAAGAAAGAGCAAGUGUUCUCUACUUAUUCAGAUAAUCAGCCUGGUGUCUUGAUCCAGGUUUAUGAGGGUGAGCGGACAAGGACUCGUGACAACAAUUUGCUCGGCAAGUUUGAGCUCUCUGGCAUUCCUCCAGCUCCUAGGGGAGUCCCUCAGAUUACUGUUUGCUUUGACAUUGACGCCAAUGGCAUUCUCAAUGUGUCUGCUGAGGACAAGACCACAGGGCAGAAGAACAAAAUUACUAUUACCAAUGACAAGGGAAGGCUGUCCAAAGAAGAGAUUGAGAAGAUGGUCCAAGAGGCUGAGAAGUACAAAGCAGAAGACGAGGAUCACAAGAAGAAGGUCGAGGCUAAGAAUGCUCUUGAGAACUACGCUUACAACAUGAGGAACACCAUCAAGGAUGACAAGAUUGCAUCAAAGAUUGACCCAUCAGACAAAAAGAAGAUUGAAGAUGCAAUUGAGGAGGCCAUUCACUGGCUCGAUAAUAAUCAGCUAGCAGAGGCUGAUGAAUUCGAGGACAAGAUGAAGGAGCUUGAGAGUCUUUGCAACCCUAUCAUUGCCAAGAUGUACCAGGGUGGUGCUGCUCCUGACAUGAGUGGUGGAGCGGAUGCUGAUGUUCCUCCUUCUGGUGGAAGUGGUGCUGGUCCGAAGAUUGAAGAAGUCGACUAA